AUGGAUCUCGGAAGUCUAUCUCAACUCCAAACGGAGGGGGUCAAUCCCCGAACCGUGCAUAUUGAUCGCAUGUCGACACUUGACAUGUGCACUGUCAUUAAUUCCGACGAUCACAAAGUCCCCGAAAGUGUUGUUCCUUGUCUGCCAAUUAUCGCGGGAGCAAUUGACGCAUUGACCCCGCGAGUUCGACAAGGCGGACGAGUCAUUUAUGUUGGUGCUGGCACCAGUGGAAGACUUGGAAUUUUGGAUGCAUCGGAAAUUCCUCCCACAUUCAACGCCCCUCGCGGCCAGUUUGUGGGUCUGAUUGCUGGUGGAGAUGCCGCAAUCCGAUCGGCCCAGGAGGGAGCCGAGGACGAUGCCAAAGCCGGCGAAGAUGAGAUGAAGUCUCUCAAUCUGAACCCGGAGAUUGAUAGUAUCAUUGGAAUUGCAAGCUCCGGGCGCACGCCGUAUGUCAUGGGAUGCCUUGCUUUCGCUAAGCGUCUCGGAUGUGUGACCAUCGCGGUUGUUUGUACAGUUCCUUCCGCGAUUGGCCUUUCGGGAGAUGUAGACUUCGUUAUUUCACCCGUGUCUGGGCCCGAAGUGGUCACUGGUAGCACCCGUCUCAAGGCCGGUACUGCCACCAAGCUGGUGUUGAAUAUGUUAAGUACCGGUACCAUGAUUCGCACAGGAAAGACUUACGGAAAUAUGAUGGUUGAUCUCGUGGCAUCAAAUUUGAAGCUCGAGCAAAGAUCUCGCAAUAUUCUGCGGAGGUUGAGUGCAAAGUGCCAGUCCGCGCCCGACGCUGAACUAGACGCUGUCCUUGCAAAGUGCAAUGGCAGUGUCAAGCUGGCUAUAUUGGUCUCAGAGACUGGGGAAUCAGUUGAGACUUGUCAGGGAUACUUCGACGAUGCAGGUGGAGUGUUGGCCAACGCGCUGGCUGCCAUCUCGAAGCCCAUCGAACAAAAGCCCACAACUACCCCCACUCAAAAGUUUACCUUGUGCAUCGAUGGUGGCGGUACCAAGUGCGCUGCUGCUGUGGCCAACGGCACCAACGUUGUAGGCCAGGGAUCUGCUGGCCCUUGCAAUCUAACCGAUAGCAUUGGAGAUAUAGAUGGAGUCAUCUCCACGUUACUUGCUGCCGCAAAGGCUGCUCUGAAGGACGCCCUGCCCAGCGACGUGGAACGAACAGAGUCUUCAUGGAAGGAACUUCUUCAAAUAUCCUUCAGCUCCGUCUGGAUCGGACUGGCUGGUAUUGACCGAGCUGGGCUGGAGGGAGUGCUAGCACCUAAACUGAGACAAGCUUUCGGUAUCACUCAAGAAAAGGACCUCCAGUUAACCAACGACGUAGAUCUCUUGACCGCUGGUGUUCCACAAUCACUCGGUACGCCGUCCGUCCUGGUGGUGAUUGCAGGCACGGGUAGUGUUGCAAUGAGAUACAAAUGGGCCGAGGAUCAACAGAGAUACGCUCGUGCUGCCCGGUCUGGAGGCUGGGGUCACAUGCUCGGCGAUCAGGGCGGUGGCUACACAAUUGGUUUGAAAGCCAUCCAACACACACUGGGAGUCUUCGAGGAUAUUACCUUGGGGCUUGACAAGACUGGAGGCGAUGAACUUUCAAAGGCUGUCGCGGAGAAGCUGGGCUGUCAGGUCUCUGAGAGUGCCAGUAUCGAUAUGUUGAACAAUAUCCUGGCCCAGAACCAUUCUGAGGGCGUGAAGUCACGCAUUGCUAGUAUUGCGCCUGUUGUCCUCGACUUGGUGGACAAAAAUGAGAUCGCAGCAGCUAUCGUGAGCUCCCAGGUUGCUCUGCUUGUUGGCGAUACCCUUGCUCGUUUGGUGAAGCCUCAAGCCACUGGCUAUCAACCAUCUGAGGCCUCUGUGUUGGUGUUGGCAGGAGGAUUGAUGAAGAACGAAAGAUACAGGACCACAUUUGAGAAGCAACUGGACUCACACAGAUUGUAUUUCAAGGGAACGGUGGUUGUUGAAGACGCAGCCGUUUCAGGCGCCACAUACUUGAGUCGUUGA